GGCGCGCAGAGCUUGCUGGGGGCCGGACCGUGCGCGGGGGCCGGCGCCAAUGGCGGCAGGCGGAGGGGGCGGUUGAGAGGAGCCGUUGCCCGUCGCGCCCAUUCAUUGCCUGCGCCUGCUGCCCCCGGCCCCGCUCGCCCGGCCCGGCGCGGCUCCCCGCCGCUAUGGAGGCGCUGAUCCCCGUGAUUAACAAGCUGCAGGACGUGUUCAACACGGUGGGGGCCGACAUCAUCCAGCUGCCACAGAUCGUCGUGGUGGGCACGCAGAGCAGUGGAAAGAGUUCUGUGUUGGAAAGUCUUGUGGGGAGGGAUCUGCUCCCACGAGGUACUGGAGUUGUCACCCGGAGACCCCUUAUUCUGCAGCUGGUGCAUGUUUCCCCAGAGGAUGGUCGGAAAACAGCUGGAGAUGAAAGUGACCCUGCUACAUGGAAAAAUCCAAGACACCUUUCUAAAGAGAUCAAUGCUGAAGAGUGGGGUAAAUUUCUUCACACCAAAAAUAAGGUCUAUACAGAUUUUGAUGAAAUUCGUCAGGAAAUAGAAAAUGAAACAGAGAGGAUUACAGGAAGUAAUAAGGGGAUCAGUCCUGAACCUAUUCACCUUAAGAUUUUUUCAUCUAAUGUUGUAAAUCUGACACUUGUGGAUUUACCAGGAAUGACGAAGGUGCCUGUUGGUGAUCAGCCUAAGGACAUUGAACUUCAAAUCAGAGAACUAAUCCUUCAAUUCAUCAGUAACCCAAAUUCAAUUAUUCUGGCAGUCACAGCUGCUAACACAGACAUGGCCACUUCAGAAGCACUUAAAAUUGCACGGGAGGUGGAUCCAGAUGGUCGAAGAACACUUGCUGUUAUCACAAAGCUGGAUCUCAUGGAUGCUGGCACUGAUGCUAUGGAUGUGCUCAUGGGAAGAGUGAUUCCAGUAAAACUUGGCAUCAUUGGAGUAGUGAACAGGAGUCAGUUGGAUAUUAACAAUAAGAAGAGUGUAGCUGAUUCUAUCCGUGAUGAGUACGGUUUUCUUCAGAAGAAGUAUCCUUCCCUAGCCAAUCGAAAUGGAACCAAGUAUCUUGCCAGAACACUGAAUAGACUACUCAUGCAUCAUAUCAGAGACUGCUUGCCAGAACUGAAAACUAGAAUAAAUGUUUUAGCUGCUCAGUAUCAGUCUCUGCUAAACAGCUAUGGGGAACCUGUUGAAGACAAAAGUGCCACUUUAUUACAGCUUAUUACCAAAUUUGCCACAGAAUAUUGUAACACUAUUGAAGGAACAGCAAAAUACAUCGAGACUUCGGAGCUAUGUGGUGGAGCCAGAAUCUGUUACAUCUUUCAUGAGACCUUUGGACGAACCUUGGAAUCUGUUGACCCACUAGGUGGCCUUAACACUAUUGAUAUUCUGACUGCCAUUAGAAAUGCUACUGGUCCCCGUCCUGCCUUGUUUGUUCCUGAAGUUUCAUUUGAAUUGCUGGUAAAAAGGCAAAUCAAACGUUUAGAAGAGCCUAGCUUGCGCUGUGUGGAGCUGGUUCAUGAAGAAAUGCAGAGGAUUAUCCAGCAUUGUAGCAAUUACAGUACACAGGAAUUAUUGAGGUUUCCUAAGUUACAUGAUGCCAUAGUUGAAGUAGUGACCUGUCUUCUGCGUAGAAGACUUCCAGUCACAAAUGAAAUGGUUCAUAAUUUGGUCGCCAUUGAGUUAGCCUAUAUCAAUACGAAACAUCCAGACUUUGCUGAUGCCUGUGGGUUAAUGAAUAACAACAUAGAGGAGCAAAGGCGUAACAGGUUAGCCCGGGAAUUGCCUUCUGCUGUGCCACGAGACAAGUCUACUAAAGCUCCAGGUGCAUUGACACCUGCCUCCCAGGAGACUGUUACUGCUGCUUCUGCAGAGGCUGAUGGCAAGGCUGCCCCUGGAGUGGGAGAUGUGUCCCAAGAGGCUGGAACAGGUAACUGGAGAGGAAUGCUGAAACCCUCAAAAGCAGAAGAGGUAUCAGCAGAGGAAAAAUCCAAAUCAGCUGCAGCCCUACCUGCUAGUCCUCAAAAAGGGCAUGCUGUAAACCUACUAGAUGUGCCUGUACCUGUUGCACGCAAGCUUUCUGCCCGUGAACAACGAGAUUGUGAAGUGAUUGAACGGCUUAUUAAAUCUUACUUCCUUAUUGUCAGAAAGAACAUUCAGGACAGUGUGCCAAAGGCAGUGAUGCAUUUUCUGGUGAACCAUGUGAAAGACACUCUCCAGAGUGAGCUGGUAGGACAGCUGUAUAAAUCCUUGUUGUUGGAUGACCUUCUGACUGAAUCUGAGGACAUGGCACAGCGCAGAAAAGAGGCAGCUGACAUGCUAAAGGCCCUGCAGCGAGCCAGUCAGAUCAUUGCAGAGAUUCGUGAGACUCAUCUUUGGUGAAGACUGUACCAGUCACGCUAUUUAUAUGGAUUGGAGGAUACACUGACUUGAAAAUUGCUAGGCAUGGUAUACGGAGUAGAAUUUUUAUUUAUGAACUCUUAUCUGUGUACUGCAACUGUGUAAAUCUGCUCAUGUAAAGACAGUUGGUUUGAUUUGCAAACAGAAAAAUAUGCUGUAUUUUGCAAAAUAAGUCAUAUUUAAUCCACAUAAUAAAUGGCUCUAAAUGUUUCCUUACCAGCUUUCUGGUGCAAAUUAAAGCAGACCAAGUCUACUGUCUCACUGACAGUCUCAUUUGAACUUGGAGAAAAACCAUUAAAGUUCCAGUGCCUGACUUGCUGAACAGGUUGCCUGUGGUUAAGAUGGACAGUGUAGUCUUGUGGCAUAGUUUAAGCUGCUUUUACAAUAGAAGUUUAAAUACUGUGAAGAGAAGAGAGCAUCACGUAUUUUCUUUCCUGAAUAUAUUGCAUGCACUAUGGCAGAUGGAGAUCAAUUUUAUAGUACAGUAGAGAUGUCUACCGUAUUACUAUGUAUGUGUGUCCCCAUUUUUUUCAGAAUGUUAAAACUGUGGACAAAACUUUGAACUUCAUUUAAUGGGGUUUCAGUUAGGAUAAAAUAGCCUGGAGCUUGCAGAGAAGUAGCAGCCUACUAAAAAGUGGGUGCAAAGUUAUUAACGUGCACUGGACCUUGUGUAUAAAUGUUGGGGAAGAUAAUCAGGUGCAAGAACACCUUCCCCUCCCUCUCUCCCGGGACCAAGCGCCUGGACCAUCCACUAGUAAAUUUGUUCUGGCAGAAUUGAAAAAUAAAAAUGAAUUUCAAAACUGUUAUGGGAUAGUAAGUGUUUCUUUUAAAAACAGAUUAAGUUGGUCUGGCAGAAGGGGAUCCCCAUAACUUUUUUCAGAUUUUGGAUUGUAUGACAGUAUGCAAAAGAGUCUGUGGGACUGGAAUUUUUACCAGUGAUUACAGCUACUUUUGAGGAAAUUUCACAGUGCUGUCUGCUUUUCUUUGUUUUUUGAAGACAAUCCAUUUUGUUUAGAAUCAGGAAAUGUUAGGUUGGAAAUUAAGUUGAUGAAUUAAUUAUUUUCUUAUGAUUUUAAUUUAUACAGGUAAAUAUUGAUCAUACUAACCUUUAAAGAGCGAACAUUAAAAUUUUUAUGAAUAAAAAUUUAUUCAAAUUCCAGCACACUCGCAUGUACUUUUCAAACACAUUUACUUUUUUGUAUGAAGUAAAAAUGUUUGUUAUAGUGUUGCUGAUGUUUUAUCUUUAACACAACUUGCAUGAAAAAUAAGACACUGCUGUUAACAUCCAUGGCUUGCUCUCAGUAAAUCAGGCCAGUAUAAGUGAGGCUUUUAUUCCCACAUUCAAUUCCUUCCCCAUUUCAUCAAUUAACAGAAAUGGAAUGCCCUUUCUAAGCUGCUAAAGACUGAAAAUUUAAAAGCUGUCAAGACCUCAGUUUCCAAGAAUGUCUGUCAAAAAUCUGUUUUUUGUCUUGGUAAUCUUCGGUUUGGCACCAGCAUAUGCACCAGGAGUUUUCUGAUAGAUGCAAUUUUUGGUUGGUUUAUGCAUUACUUGAAAUAAUUUAUGCAAGACAGAAAUACAUUCUGCAUUUUUUUUAAAUAGUCUAAAAAUUCACAGGGUAUGAAUCAUAUAUAAUGACUGUAACAGAAGUAAUUUUAAGUUCUCAUAUCUUGUCCAGAUAUAUUACCUUCUCAGAUUUAGGAAAUGUAACUAUAGCAAAUUCAGAAGUGCAAACCAGUUUUCAAGUAGAUUUUGAUCAACAGUGAAAGUUUUUAAUACUUUGUCAAAAACAUUAAAUUCCUAGUUGGAAUCCACCUAACAUCUUUCCUGCACUUUUGAUAUCCAAGAAAUGUUUUUAACAAGGCAGAACCUUCAGUAAGUGAACUGCUACCUAAGUUUUUAACUCCCAAAUGUCAAGUCAACAGUAUUGUCAAGGAAUGUGCUGACUUGUAAAGUUACAAAAUGCUUCAUAAAGCAAAUGAGUUCCGUUUAUUUAAGAAACUCUUGCAAGUGAUAACUGGCUGUGUAAUGUCAUGUGGAAAUUUCCAAAGUGUUAAUUUGUUUUUUGAAAUGUUACUUUUUUUUAAUUUCACCAAAAUUUUAAAUUUGAUAAUGUAUAAGUGCCAAGAAAUGAAUUUGUCAUCCUCAAUGCAAAUCUUUAAAUAUCCAUGCUGUAACAAUCCUUUUAUUAAAUAAACAUAUAAUAUGCAAAAUUAAUUAUCCCAGAAAUAGAGUUUUGAAAUGAUUUGUAGUUCAGGCAGCAGGAAUAUAUGCUCUUACAAGUUUAUAGUAUGAUUAACUAUAUUUUUACAGCCUUAUGUUUGCACUUGCCCUCCUGUAAUUCUACAGAGUUAGUUCUUGUAUGGUAGCAUAAGUAAUAGUGCAUACAGGCUGCUGGUGGCUAUUAAUGGUUUUUAAAAAAUGAUGUGUUGUCUGGAAUUGGACUGAAAUACUUAAAAUGCUACUAUUGCUCCCAUCAUUAGAAGAAAUGAGGGGGAAACUAUGGAAAAAAGUGUAAUGAAAACAGCAACUGAGUAACUCCUGCUAGGUUAGUUUGCUCACUUACAAAUCUCUAGUCUGCCUUGAUUAAUUUAAACCUGGUGUUUUUGUCAUCAGUGAGCAUCUUUCAGCUAACUUGAAGAAAAAAACUUGCUAUUCAGUGCAACAUACAACCAUGGGGGAGAAUAACCUCUGUAGCCAAAAGUUUAGAUUAGUAAAUGUUUGGUGUUACCUGAAGUAUGUGUGGUAUGCCUGUAAAAUAAAAGGUAGUAUUGAGUGCUUGAACAUAGCCUGUCACUAAAUUACUUGGGUUUUUUAGUAGUCCAUUUCAAAUUUCACUUUCACAGUGGAAUUAGAUGGGUUUUGGAAGUGUCUGUGCUGCAAGAUUGUAACCUCAGAUUUCUAAAGCAGACAUAACAAAAUAUAAGUAAAACUUGCCUGUACUAUAUAUUUUGUGGAUGACUGGCUUUGAGAGAUGCUAGACUGGAUAUAUUGCAAGCUUACACUCCUGCUUUAGGUAAGUUGUUUCCCUUGCUGUAUUCCAUGUCUGCUGUGACCCUAAUAGUAACUUGAAUUGACUUCUCUUGAGGAAUUUUUUUCCUCAGUUAACAUUCUAGCUCUGAGAGCAGACUGCUAGCAUUUUCAGUAGAUACUGAAGUUCUCAAAUGCAUGUGCUUUUGUAACUUGUAGCCAGUCAAACUCUUUGCUUUGAGAGAGUCAGGUGAUUGAUACCUCAGAGCAUAAGAGCAAGGCUGAGUAGGCCAAAUGAAUGUUUUUAUGCCAAAGUAGCUAUACUUUUUAAACUAGUGAAAGCGUUUUUAUGCUUGGAUAGCUUCCUCUUAGCUUGCUUGCUGCAUGCCCAUUUACCCUUUAGCUCUUCAUUGUGAUAGCUUUAUGAAGUUAAGCACUGCUUCAAAGCAGCUACUGUUAGCUACCACAACAAUAGUGUUCAUAUUCAAGUCCCCUUGUUUGCAGUCUCUCUGGACAGUGUGCACAUUUCUGUAAAACAACAACGAAAAAAAUACAACCAGCCAACAACCCUCUGGCUCCAAAUUGUUUGUUUUUUGCACUUCUCAACCACACAUUUGUAGUCACAGUAAAUACUGAAAUAGUAGUAUCACUUUCUGCUUAUGUUUGAAUGGGUUGUGUCUUCCAAUAAUCACUUGACCAUAGCUGUUUUGGGCGUAUAUGAGGAGUAGACCUAGCCUAAGAAAGAAUACUAGAUUUUCAGUCAUCCUGGAUUCUGGCUUAACUGUUCUACCACUCAGGCAUAACACCCUGUAGAGAAAGCCAACAGACUGUCCAUGAAAAAUAGUGGUUGUGUUCAGCUUUUUCCUUAGAAAGAGUCAGGAAAAGGCUUGGAUUGCUAAGGGUUGGUCAGUAGGAAGCACAGAGUAAACUUCUUUGAGUUGAAUCUUAUUAAAAAUGUUGUAUACAAAGAACUUACUUCAUUCCCUUUUUCUAUUUUGUGUGUAUUUGUAAAAAUAAAUAAAAUCCUUUUACUACUUUA